UCAGUGUUUCUUAGUUACGAGCCCAACACAGACCACAAUCAAAAUGAUGAAGUUGGUGGUGUUGUCUUGCCUUCUAGCUGCUGUGUCUGGAUCUUCCCUGAUCGGGUACGCAGCUCCCUACGCAUACAGCGGAUACGCAGCGCCCUUGGCUUACAGCGCGCCGUUGCUCGCACCGUACAACUACCGUGGCCCUCUGUCGCUAGCUCCCGGACAGCCUGCCAACAUCUUGGCUGCUGACGGCAGGCCCCUGGACACGCUUGAUGUGAACAUAGACCGCUCGGCGCACUUCACCGCCAAGGCACUCAGUGGUGCCCACUUGCUCAAAAAGCGCUCCGUGGCACUGGCGGCUGCUCCACUCAUCAGCCGUGUUGCAUACACUGCACCGAUCGCCUACACCGCUCCCCUGGCCUACUCAGCGCCCAUCGCUGCCUACACCAGGAUCGCCGCUCCCUACACGUACGCCGCGCCCUACGCACACUACUACUGAACUAACCUUCAUAUCGCACAUAAUAUACAUGCUGAAAAUAAAAUUACUUGCUAGUGAAGAGA